CAUGGAUAACCCAGAAGACGUCUUUCAAAUGUUUGAAGCCCAUAUGCGGAGUUAUAAGGGUGAUGAUCCACUUGGAGAAUGGGAAAGCUACAUGCAAUGGGUAGAAGAGAAUUUUCCUGAAAAUAAAGAAUACUUGACAACUUUGUUACAACAUUUAAUGAAGGAGUUUUUAGAUAAGAAGAGAUACCACAAUGACCCAAGAUUCAUUAAUUAUUGUUUAAAAUUUGCUGAGUUCAAUAGCGACCUUCAUCAGUUUUUUGAGUUUCUGUACAACCAUGGGGUUGGAACCCUGUCAUCCCUUCUGUACAUAGCAUGGGCAGAGCAUCUGGAGACCCAGGGAGAGCUGCAGCAUGCCAGUGCUGUUUUCCGGAGAGGAAUUCAAAACCAAGCGGAACCCAGGGAGCUGCUGCAACAGCAGUACAGGUUAUUUCAGACACGCCUCACUGAACCCCGUUUGCCUGCUCAAGCUAGAGCCUCAGAACCUCUAAAUGAUCAGAUUGUAAACCAGAUAACAUCAAAAUCAAACCCAGGAAACAACUCGGCCUGCAUUCCUAAGAAUCAGGGUUCAGAACUUUCUGGAGUGAUAUCUUCAACUCGUGAUAAAGAGUCAAAUAUGGAAAAAAGGGUGAUCAUGAUUUCUAAGUCAGAAUAUUCUGCACACCCGUCUUUGGCAGCCAAAGCAGAUGUUCAGCAGGUUGUUAUGUAUUGCAAGGAGAAGCUUAUUCAUGGAGAAUCAGAAUUUUCCUUUGAAGAACUGAGAGCCCAGAAAUAUAAUCAACGGAGAAAGCAUGAGCAGUGGGUAAAUGAGGACAGACAUUAUAUGAAAAAGAAAGAAGCAAAUGCUUUUGAAGAACAACUAUUAAAACAGAAAAUGGAUGAACUUCACAAGAAGUUGCAUCAAGUGGCAGAAACAUCCCAUGAGGACCUGCCCACUUUCCAGGAAGGGUCCAAGGUUAAUCCAGCGUGUACGGGGCCAAAUGUAGGCUCUCAGCCGGAACUGAGAGCUCCAUGUCUUCCAGCCAUCAAUCAGCAGAUCUCAGCACACAUAAGAGAGAAUCUAAGAGAGGCACCUCCUAUUGCUCCUCUGAUGACAAACGCUAUUCCUGCAGCUUUGGUGUCUCCAGCCGUCAGCCAAAGCAUACCUCCUCCCGUUCCUUUGACAGCCCAAUCAGUGACAGACUCCAUGUUUGCAGUGGCCAGAAAAGGUCCUGGAUGUGUGAGUAAAAGUACUCAGGAGUUCAAGCCACACAGUGGAGCAGAUAUAAAAGAAGGAUGUGACGUGCAGAAGGUUGCCAACACAAGUUCUUUUCACACAACUCCAAACACAUCACUGGGAAUGGUUCAGGCAACCCCAUCCAAAGGGCAGCCCUCACCCACGGUGCAUACAAAAGAAGCAUUAGGUUUCAUCAUGAAUAUGUUUCAGGCUCCUACGCUUCCUGAUAUUUCUGAUGACAAAGAUGAAUGGCAAUCUCUAGAUCAAAAUGAAGAUGCAUUUGAAGCCCAGUUUCAAAAAAAUACAGGGUCUUCGGGAGCUUGGGGAGUCAAUAAGAUUAUCUAUUCUCUGUCAUCUGGUUUUCCUGUGUUCGAAGAUGGAAACAAAGAAAAUUAUGGAUUACCACAGCCUAAAAAUAAGCCCACAGGAGCCAGGACCUUUGGAGAACGCUCUGUCAGCAGAUUUCCUUCAAAAGCAAAUGAAGUGCCUCACACUGAAGAGUUUUUGGACGAUUCAACUGUCUGGGGUAUUCGCUGCAACAAAACCCUGGCACCCAGUCCUAAGAGCCCAGGAGACUUUACAUCUGCCGCACAGCUGGCAUCUACACCAUUCCACAAACUUCUAGCAGAGUCGGUGCACAUUCUAGAAGACAAAGAAAAUGUGGUAGCAAAACAAUACAGCCAUAUGACUUUGGAUUCUUGUGAAGAAAACAUGGUGCCUUCAAAGGACAGAAAAUUCAGUCCAAUUCUAGAGAAAAACCCGGAACAAGCAUUUCCCUCUGACACAUGUUCAGCAUCAUCACUCCGUCUGAACCAGCCCACUGCAGGUGGUGUACUUACGUGUGAGGCAGAACGGGGCCUUGAGGCCUGUAAACUCACAGACACUGCCAUUGCCAUUGCAGAGGAUCCACCAGAUGCUAUCGCUGGGCUGCAAGCAGAACAAAUGCAAACAGGUUCACGUGGGAAUGUCGAUGCUCCAAACUUCUCUGUUGAGAACCCAUGGGAUGAUCAAUUGAUUCUCAAACUUUUAUCUGGGCUUUCUAAACCAAUGAGUUCCUAUCCAAAUGCUUUUGAAUGGCAAUGUAAACUUCCAGCCAUCAAGCCCAGGAGUGAAUUUCAAUUGGGGUCUAUGCUGGUCUAUGUCCAUCACCUUCUUGGAGAAGGAGCUUUUGCCCAGGUCUAUGAAGUUACCCAGGGAGAUGUGAAUGAUCCUAAAAAUAAACAGAAAUUUGUUUUAAAGGUCCAGAAGCCUGCCAACCGCUGGGAGUUCUACAUUGGAACCCAGCUGAUGGAGAGACUAAAGCCAACUGUGCAACACCUGUUUAUCAAAUUCUAUUCUGCCCACUUGUUCCAGAAUGGCAGUGUAUUAGUAGGAGACCUCUAUAGCUAUGGAACAUUGUUAAAUGCCAUAAACCUCUAUAAAAAUACCCCUGAAAAAGUAAUGCCUCAAGGUCUCGUGAUCUCUUUUGCAAUGAGAAUGCUUUACAUGGUGGAACAAGUGCACGCCUGUGAAAUCAUUCAUGGAGACAUUAAGCCAGACAAUUUCAUACUUGGAGGCGGAUUUUUGGAACAGGAUGCUGAAGAUGAUGAUUUCUCUGCUGGCUUGGCACUGAUUGACCUGGGUCAGAGUAUAGAUAUGAAGCUUUUCCCAAAAGGAACUACAUUCACAGCCAAAUGUGAAACUUCUGGUUUUCAGUGUACUGAGAUGCUCAGUAACAAACCAUGGAACUACCAGAUUGACUACUUUGGGGUGGCUGCAACAAUAUACUGCAUGCUUUUUGGCACAUACAUGAAAGUAAAAAAUGAAGGAGGAGUCUGGAAGCCUGAAGGGCUUUUUAGAAGGCUUCCUCAUUUGGAUAUGUGGAAUGAAUUUUUUCACAUCAUGUUGAAUAUACCAGAUAGUCAUCAUCUACCCUCUUUGAAUUUAUUAAGGCAAAAGUUGAAGGAAGUAUUUCAACAACACUAUACUAACAAGAUUAGGGCCCUACGUAACAGGCUAAUUGUAUUGCUCUUAGAAUAUAAGCGUUCGCGAAAAUAA